GUCUUGCAACGAAUUUAAGGGAAAGACAACUCGGUCAUAUCAAUGUUUGUUAUGGCUGUGGUAAAUCAGUUACACGUGCCAGAAGACACGAAAUUGUGGAGGGAAGCCCUCUCGCCUCACUUGUAUCACUGUGGCAUCAUCAUGUUAGAGCAGCCAACUUUUUAUGUCAUGGUUGUUACAUGAGAGCUAACAGAGAAGUGAGCCGAAGAAAUAUUACUGAUUCCAACCGUUUUGAUGCCUUAGAAGAUCAUCAAACAGAUGAAAAUAUCCAAAUACCAAUUCCUCCACCACUUCCUCCACCACUUCCUCCACCACUUCCUCCACAACUUCCUCCACCACUUGCCCCACAUCUUCAUCUUAGCGCAGGUCAAGAUGUUUCAUCAAUUGCCCUGCCUAAUUAUAGACGUUGUGCUAAUACAUCUAGGCGAUGCAUAUUUGAUGGAUGUCAGCAAAGUGCAGGUCAUUUAGUGCCCACCUUAAUUAAAUCAGCCUUGCUGUUUCAUAAUAAGCUUUAUGUGCCUCGAUGUGCAAGGAUAUGUGAAAAUCAUUUGCAUUCUAAUGAAUGGGAGCUAUUAUUAGAUAACUCAAGUUUAACAAAUACUUUCACAGCACUUGAAAUUGAAAACUUGUUGGACAGUAAAAAUGUAGAAAAUGUUAUUGAUUUUGAAAAUAUUGAUUUAAUGCCUAAUCAUGUAUGCCAUUAUUGGACAGGGCGCACCACCCAAGAGUUCAUUGAAUUGCAUAAUAGUAUACCAAUACAGUCUGUUGUUCCCAAAAAUUCAAAAUCUGCAUUAGCAAUGCUUUUAAUUAAGUAUCGAACUGGUGAUAGUGAUGCUAGGAUAUCUAGUUUUUUUAGAAUUGCUAAAUCUACUUUGCAAUACAAAAUGAAUCUUGUGAGGAAUUGUCUGACUGAUCAUUUUGUUCCGCUUCAUCUUGGUGUGUCUCACAUCUCUCACCAAGAAAUAGUUGCACGAAACACUACCAUUCCUGAAAAAUUAUUUGGAAAUCCUCACUCUGAUGCUUCUGACAGGUGGGCCAUAGUUCAGUGUGAUGGUACAUACCUUGACGUACAAAAAAGUUCCAACUAUAAAUACCAAAAAAAGACAUACAGUCUUCAUAAGUAUCAUAACCUUACAAAACCAUUCUUAGUAGUCUGUUGUGAUGGUCAUAUUAUAGAUGUUUUUGGACCAUUUGCUGCAACCCAAACAGACGCGGAAAUAAUGAAUUAUUUAGUUUCUAGCAGUGGUGGGUUAUUUCAAUACUUUAGGCAAAAUGAUGUAUUUAUUUUAGACCGUGGCUUCAGAGAUUCGGUUUCCAACCUAGAAGCUCUUGGUUACAAGGUACAUAAACCUGAAACUAAAGAUGAAGGGGAAACUCAAUUAUCAACCUUACAGGCGAACAAAAGUAGAUGUGUCACGCUGUGCCGAUGGGUUGUAGAAGUUGUCAAUGGCAGGUUUAAACGGGACUAUAAACUUUUUAGAAAUGUUUUUAUUAACUUGGCUUCUGCACACAUGAUGGAGGAUUUUAGGAUUGCUGCUGCACUCAUUAAUAAAUUCCACAAAGUAAUAGAAAAUCCUGAAAAUGCUGAUCAAAUUGUUCAAAUAGCAACCUCAAGGUUGAACUUACCUAAUUAUUUAGGUCAGUUUAUACAAGAGUAUAAUUUAAACAGACGUAGAGUAUUGCAAUUAUUAUUUGCAAGAAUUGAUGCAAACCUGCCAGAACUUAAUAGAUUUCCACGUUUAGAUAUGAAUGAGUUAAAACUAAUUUCUUUAGGACCGUAUCAGAUGAAGCAGGCUCGCUCAUAUUAUGGCGAGCACAUUAGAGAGCGAGAUAUUUAUAAUAAUAAUAAUAUUAAUAAUAAUAAUAUCUUUAUUUCGAACCAGAGUCCAUAUUUAGAAAUACAAUUUAAAUACUGUUAA